AGGACACAUCGCUCACUUUACCGCUUCUUAGCUGACCCGCGGACACCCUUAUAGCUUCGUCGGGAACACCUGGUUGCGCCCGAGGCCUGCGCCUAUUUCGUGGACUUUCGUCAUGAAGAUCUCUACAGUGGCCUUUGCUCUGCUUAUUCUCUCAGUGAUGCUUGUUUCUGGAAUCGCCAGCGAGGAGCACGGCGGAGAUUCGCACCAAGCAGGUGAUGAUGCUGAUCCUGAAGAAUACCCUGCUGAAGAAAGGGACGCAGAUACACCACUUGUCAGAGUCCGUCGCGGGUUUGGUUGCCCAUUGCAAUCUCGCUGUAACUCGCACUGCCAGAGUAUACAACGCCGAGCUGGGUACUGCGACGGCCCGCUGAAGCUGAGGUGCGUUUGUACCACCUAAAUCGCUUCUGCGAGGGGCUUCCCAUG